AUAAUAUAUUAUUAUUGUGUUAUGCAGCCGGACAAAGAAGACAAGCUGUUCGUUAUAAAACCGAUCCCGACGGUGAACGUCAAGCCUGUGAUAAUAUUUAUAAACCCAAAGUCUGGCGGCAACCAGGGUGUUAAGCUGCUGCAGAAAUUCCAGUGGCACCUGAAUCCCAGGCAGGUGUUCGACCUCAGCCGGGGCGGUCCCAGGAUGGGCCUGGAACUGUACAAGAAGGUGCCGAACCUCCGGGUGUUGGCGUGCGGUGGCGACGGCACCGUCGGGUGGGUGCUGUCUAUCUUGGACCAAAUAGCCAACGCCGUAUCGUUUCCGGUGGGUGUGCUGCCGUUGGGCACGGGAAAUGACCUGGCCAGAGCUCUCGGUUGGGGCGGCGGUUAUAUGGACGAGCCGGUGUCGAAAAUACUGACCAACUUGGAAGAAAGCGAAACGAUCCGGUUGGACCGCUGGAACUUGGAUGUGGUGCCCAAUGAACAGGUUAAAGGGACGGACCACGCUGGGAAAGACAAUUUACCAUUGAACGUGAUGAAUAAUUACUUCUCGUUGGGCGUAGAUGCUCAGAUUGCACUCGAAUUCCAUGAAGCCAGAGAGGCCAAUCCAGAGAAGUUCAGCUCGCGGAUGUACAAUAAACUGUUUUACGGCGUCCGGGGUGGUAUCGAGCUGCUGGACCGGAAGUGGAAAGGUUUAUCGGAUCACAUGACGCUGGAGUGCGACGGCAAAGACCUGACGCAGCGCAUCAAAGACUUGAAAGUGCACGCCAUAUUGUUUUUAAACAUACCCAGCUACGGGGGUGGCACGCGACCGUGGAACAAGUCAGCUGGCAACAACUCUACCGACGACGGACUCAUCGAAGUCAUCGGCUUAACGAUCAUGCAAAUAACGAGAUUGCAAACUGGAGGGACUGGGACACCGUUGUGCCAAUGUAAAACGGCUCGCAUAACCACCAGUAUACCUGUGCCCAUGCAAGUGGACGGCGAAGCUUGCCGUUUAAAACCGUCGGUGAUCACGCUGGGAUUCUUCAACCAGGCAACGAUGAUGGCAAAACGUCGGAAAGGCAGACAGACGCCUACCCGCGAGACCACGAUAGACAAACACAGAGUGUCGGUCCAAAGACUGAAGCUUCAAGAUUACGAGCAACACCACUGUGACAAAGAGUUGCUCAUCCAGUCGUCUAUUAAUAUGGGCGAGAUCGAAGUGGAACCGGUCGCGGAUUUAGAAACCGUGCGUAAUUUAGUGGACAAGUUGGAGUUGAACAACAGUCCGUCAAAAGACCACGUGGGCAACGUUAUGCCGAAACUAUCGCCCGACUGGUGUUUUGUCGAUUGUUGCACUGCCGAACGGUUCUUCAGGAUCGACCGGGCUCAGGAGAGCCUUCACUACCUUAUAGACAUCACACACGACCAACUGUUCGUGUUGGACGAUCCGCAUAGACCGCCGUCCGCCGAAGAAGACGUGGCGGUGGUCCUGAAAGCCAAAGAACUGGCCGACGACCGAGGUGCUCAGGAUACGACAACGAGCAUGCGGGUAAAGUCGGAGAUAAGUCGAUUGGAAAGCAUCAAAACAAAGUCAACGGUCAAAUGUCCACAAGACGAAGGCCAGACCAACGGGACCAAUCAUUCCACAAGAGCUAGUGAAGUAUACAAUCGUCUAUUCGACCUUCAAUCAAAUGAAGAUCAGUAAGUACAGUUAAUCAAUAAGGCCAGAAUCAUACAAAAGUUACAGAAAAGAU